GAUACUGAAGUGUAUUUUCUGUAGUGAGAUAGAAAGUGGUGCCUACGUUAAGGAGGGACCAUAUAAAAAGGUUAAUCAUCGCAGAGGACUUCUUCAGUUUAAGUGUAGUGUUUGUUAAAAAUAAAAGUGAUACCAGAUAUGCGCUUCAUAUUGAUCAUUGCCUGCGUGGCAAUGUGUAGAAUGAGUUUUACUACUGCAAAAGAAAAUGGAUGGUCCUGGGAAGACAAAAAAGAACAACCUUUGACAACGAAUAUACAACAUGAGGAACCAGAAGCAGCAGGCACAGAAUUUAUUAAACAGGGCAGUGAAAUAAAUUCCACAGAAGUCGAACAAAUCAUUGAGCACAUUCUUGUGUCAAACAGACAAGGGAGAAAUGUCGAUGGAUUUGACGAAGUAUAUAGCGAUCCAAAUGUACAAAAUGCUUUACAAAAGGGAGAUGACGUCGAAGCCAGAAACAUAAUUAAAGAUCGUCUGUGUUCCUUGGGUCUUAUGCAAUGUGAAGACGAAAACAUACAAGGAAAACGACCCUACAUAUCUCCGGAGGAGUUGAUUUAUGCACAACCCGUUGCAAUCAAUCCAGUUGGUCGUCCAAUUCCAACAAUUCCUUUAAAAGGACCAUCGAGAGGCAUUUAUGGACCACCUAAACCAGUUCCCUUUCCACAUGGUGGUCCCCCCAACAAAUUUGGGCCUCCCGGAAAACUAGGCACUUCUCCACAUAAACCUCCCAGACGUGGUUACGGACCACCAUUACCCUCAAAACCAUUCUACGGUCCACCGGGAAAACCAUUCCUAAAUGAACACGAAAUAUACGAAGGACCUGAGUUUAUUGCGAAACCUCCGUCAUUUAUACAACCGAUUGAACCAGAAACACCAUACCCUUUCCAACAAAGCAGCAUUCAUUCGCAAAAGGACAAAAAAGUUGAGGUAGUUGUAACCGCACAAGGAGGAACCGCCGGUGCAAAUGGCCUACAACAACAUGUUCAUCACCACUACCACCAUAAUGCUGAUACCAUUGGAAAUAAAUCUCCAACUGUUGUUGUAAAUCCAGUGCCCGUUGCUAGUGCAGCUGCUGUUUCCUCAAGUUCAUUUGGCAGUAGUUUGCUUGAAUCACACGGGUCGAAUUACUUUAAACCAGCUGAAAUUUCAUCUUCCUCUGGAUUCAAUCCAGUGUCGUCAAGCUAUGGUCCAGGACUGUCCCAUUUUGGAUCUAGUGGUUUAACAAUUGGAGGGUCAAACUUUGGAGGAUCAAGUUUUGGAGGGUCAAGUUUGGGAGGGUCAAGUUUUGGAGGGUCAAGUUUGGGAGGGUCAAGUUUUGGAGGAUCUUAUGGUGGUCAGACAAUCGCUAGUUACGGUACUUCUUCCCCAAAUUUAGGAUACUAUGAUAAAAUUAAACCCGUCACUGAAUCAUUUGGCUCCGGUAGUUUUGGUGCUUCAGUAGGUUCUUACGGAUCAUCUGGUCUUUACAAAAAGGAAUUACAGCUAGGCAGCAAUUCUAUAAAUUCUAACUAUCUUCAGACGGGUUAUGCAGACAAAUAUCAAGGUUUGGAAUCUGCAAGAGCAGAAAACUAUGAUUGCGUAUGUGUACCAUAUGAUCAAUGCCCCUCCCACGACAUUAUUGGAAGAAAAGAUGAUUUAUAUCUUCCAUUAGAUCCUAGAAAUUUGAAAACUGAUAUCGAGGCAUUAAGUGAAGAUGAAAGAGUGAUUACAGACAGCAACGGUACGAUGACCAUAGUUCGUGUACCUAAAGGCGCUAGUUUCAAUGAAACGACAGUAACAGGCAAAGAAAUCAAAGAACAAGAAACUAAAUCUAUAACCAAACGCGAUACGUCGUCAGAAGAACAAAAUGAGAAAGCCAAAAUUGAACCACGUCAAGCAUACUUUGGACGUCCUUCAACCUGUGGCCCUAGACACGUUUGCUGUAGGAGACCUCUUCGUCCACAUGUCCCUACUCCUGGACACCGACAGUGUGGUACAAGACAUUCUCAAGGUAUCAAUGGUCGAAUUAAAAAUCCCGUUUAUGUUGAUGGUGACAGUGAAUUCGGUGAAUAUCCCUGGCAAGUCGCCAUUUUGAAAAAGGAUCCAAAAGAAAGUGUUUAUGUCUGCGGUGGCACUCUUAUCGAUUCAUUGCAUAUUCUUACCGCUGCUCACUGUGUAAAAACGUAUACUGGAUUCGAUCUGCGAGUUCGUUUGGGCGAAUGGGACGUAAACCACGAUGUCGAAUUUUACCCAUACAUAGAACGCGACAUCACGAAUGUUAAUGUUCAUCCAGAGUUUUACGCUGGUACUCUUUAUAAUGAUAUUGCGAUUUUGCGAAUGGAUAAACCAGUUGAUUGGUCAAAACAACCACACAUUAGCCCCGCUUGUUUACCAAGUCUACAUGAUGACUAUACGGGAACUAGAUGCUGGACCACCGGUUGGGGUAAAGAUGCAUUUGGUGAUUUUGGAAAAUAUCAAAACAUCUUGAAAGAAGUUGAUGUGCCAAUUGUCAAUCAUGGUCUUUGCCAAAGGCAGUUACAGCAAACUAGAUUAGGCUACGACUUUAAACUCCAUCCUGGAUUUAUUUGUGCUGGAGGUGAAGAAGGCAAAGACGCUUGUAAGGGUGAUGGAGGUGGUCCAAUGGUCUGUGAAAAGGGUGGAACUUGGCAACUGGUGGGGGUAGUUAGUUGGGGUAUUGGAUGUGGUCAGGUUGGUGUACCUGGGGUGUAUGUUAAAGUAGCUCACUACUUAGACUGGAUUCGUCAAGUUACACAAAGAUAUUAAUUUAAUUUAUGGGUGAAACCAACCAUAAUUUAUAUUUUGUAGGUACUAAUAACGUUUAACUUAUUUUUUUAUGUAGGCAGUUUAAUUUCUUUUUACAUUACCUGAAAAAAAAAAUGGUAAUUAUGCAUGUGAUACUUUUUUC